AAAUGGAAUGCGGAACAAUCCAGCGAUUCCUAUAGUACAUUGACUUGAACGAUUAUCUAUUUGUCCGACCUUCAAAUUUAAGUAUUAAGUUAUUCAUAUUGUUUUCUAAGGACUUGAUGUUGCCCAACUAUGGUUGGAUGGAUGAGACUCUUGUGAACAGAAUCGACAGGGACGACCAUAUUUCACCCAUCAAUAUGGUCAACGAACAUGCAGUAACUCAUGAUCCACUUGUUGUACUUGUCGAUGAGGGAACUGCAAGUGCAAGUGCAAGUGCAAUAUUAUCAGGGGCCUUGCGUGACAAUGGCCAAGCUAUCCUCGUAGGCCACAAAACCUUUGGCAAGGGAAAAUUUCAGAGUGUUGAAGUAUUUCUCGCCUACACUUGAAAGAAAUAAAGCAGGUGGGCAUAAGACCUGAUGUGCAGUGCACAAUGCUGAACUUACCCAAGGUAUCUAUCUUGAAAGAGCUGUUUGAAUGAAAAAGAUAACAUUCAAUUGGUAGGGCUGCUUGAAGAAAAAUGUUAGACAUUCAUUUGGUAAAGGUUGAUGUUAGAGCUAAGAAUAACUUGACAUUUUUUAAUAAUCUCAAUGUUAAAAUAUAUUUCAAAUAUAUAGUUUCUUAUAUUAGAAUAUAUGU